GACUGCACUGCAAAAGUAAUGUCACGUCAACGCGAAAGUUUUGCAGCCAAAGGAAGCUAAGAUCCUCCUUAAUAAAGAGAACUGCGCAGUUUCUGCAUCUGGGACGCGAAGACUAGACUCAUCAACCUUUUCUAUGGAAUGCGAGUCGCACUUGGACUUCAGAUACUCUGCAAGUGUGGUUUCUUUGCUAAUCGGCAUGACUAAUAUAAAAAGUGUGGAAUAAUCUAAUUGUAAACAGAGAAGAACAGAAAAUAAAGUCGUACCCAAUAAGAGUCCAUUUAUAAUACUGCUUGCCUCCGCCAGCCGUCCCGUCUCGCUCUUUUCCCGUGCUGACGGAGUUUUGCAGAUAAGAAUGGUGCGCAGUUACACCGUUUUCAGCAACAAAAACGCGGAAAAUACAAAAGUAAGGAAAAACGGGAUGUUAUUCUCCAUCCUGAGGGCGACGCACGCUUUCGUGGUUUUGCUACUUGUGAUUGCUGGUGGUGGUGCAGGAUCGUCUCUGCAGGUCCCCGAUGGCAGGGCCAGUCCCCUGUCCCUGGAGAAGAACACAGGCUGGCAUGCGAAGGACUCCCAGUGCCACCAAAUGCUGAAGCACCUCCACAACGGGGCCCGUGUCACUGUGCAGAUGCCCCCCAACAUCGAAGGCCACUGGGUGUCUACAAGCUGUGAGGUGAGGCCCGGUCCAGAGUUCAUCACUAGGUCUUAUCGGUUUUACCACAACAGCACAUUCAAGGCUUACCAGUUCUACUACCAGGACAACCACUGCAGCAUGCCCACCUACACGCUGGUGAUUCGGGGGAAGCUGCGUCUGCGCCAGGCCUCCUGGAUCAUCCGUGGGGGCACUGAGGCCGACUACCAGGUCCACCGCACCCAGCUGGUGUGUCACAGUGAGGCUGUGGCCAAGGAGCUCAGCCAGAGGCUGGGCCACAGCUGCCGGAGUGCGGGAGGGGCAGGUCCGGGGCCUUGGGAGCCCAACAUCAGCUACGACCUGUGGAAUGAGGCGUCAGGUUGCGACUGCUCACGGGGCCUCAACUUCGCCAUGCAUGAGCUGCAGCUGCUGCGCGUGGAGAAGCACUACAUGCACCACAAUCUGGACCACCUGGUGGAGGAGCUGUUCCUGGGCGACGUGCACACUGAGCCGGGCCAGAGGAUGUACUACAGGCCCUCCAGCUACCAGACGGCCCUGCAGAACGCCAAGCCAGGGGGGGCACUGUGCUGGCAGCCUCAUGGCAGGUCAACAAUUUCCACUGGCCACCUCCCUCCCCCAUUCCAGAACCAUGACCAGACGUGCAUCGCCUGCCGCAUCAUCGCUCGCUCAGAUGAGCAGCGGCCGCCCAUCCUGCCACCGCGAGCCGACCUGGCAGUGGCACUGCACGGGCAGUGGGUGAGCCGGCACUGUGAGGUCCGGCCCGAGGUGCUCUUCCUCACACGCCACUUCACCUUCCAUGACAAUAACAACACCUGGGAGGGCCACUACCAUCACUACUCCGACCCUGUAUGCAAGCACCCCACCUUCAGCAUCUACGCCAGGGGGCGCUACAGCCGCGGCGUGCACUCCACCAGGGUCAUGGGUGGCACCGAGUUCGUCUUCAAAGUGAACCACAUGAAGGUGAGGCCCAUGGACCAGGCGACCACCUCGCUGCUCAACGUCUUCAAUGGGCACGAGUGUGGGGCAGAGGGCUCCUGGCAGCUGGGUGUGGAGCAGGACGUCACAGCGACCAGUGGCUGCGUGGCCCUGGGCAUCCGGCUGCCCCACACUGAGUACGAGCUCUUCCGUAUGGAGCAGGACCCACGCGGCCGCUACCUGCUUUACAACGGCCAGCGGCCCAGUGACGGCUCCAGCCCGGACCGGCCCGACAGGAGGGCCACCUCCUACCAGCUGCCUCUGGUGCAGUGUGCCACCAGCGGCCACAGGCCCAGCACUGCUGCGGAGGACAUUGACCUGCCCCUGCGUCUCAGCAGCAGGUGCCCACAGUGCUUCACGGUGGCCACAGUGGAAAUUGCACUCGCUCUCCUUUUCCCUCUCCUGCUCCUGGGCUAAGCCACACCCCCAUUCCUGUGCCCCUCGUUGGGCUGAAAAGGAGAGGAAGACCAUACUGAGUCACUGCAUUCUCAGAGGGAUGUGCUUCACUUGACACACUUGGACGUAUUGGACAGUUCGCUCUUCAGGGGGCUGAAGGGGAUGUGUCUUAUGAUGGCCAGCGCUUAUGCAUCACAGUAAAUGCACUUUAGCAGACCUGCUAAGGGUUUGUACAUAGUCCAGACUCUAGAGGGAAAAGCAUGUCAUGCUAUCUGGCAGGAACCUGCUACUGGCCGCUGAGACUAAUGGGACGUGUCCAUAUGAAAGAAACAGUCCCUCGAUACCGAUCCAAAGCCAGCGAAUCUCGCUGUAGAACCAGAUACGAACGCUCCCAGCCCUCAGCUAGCAUCUGUUUCUAAGCUUGACUCUGUAAUUAGAAAAUUAAAGUGAUUUAAUUACA